AUGGAUGGAACUCCAUUUACCCCAGCUCUGGAACAAAUGAACCAUUUGAAGUCUGAACAAGGGGAAUUGCUUACCAAGCCUUUCCUGGAUGUCUGCAGACUCAUUUUGCCUAUUUUAGAUAAAUUUGGAGCUGCAAUGACUGUGGUGAAAUCUGAUGUCAGUGGUAAUAUAUCGAGGUUGGAAUCAAAAUAUUCUUCCAAUACAUCUAGAUACAACUACUUGUACAGCAUAGUACAAUCAGAAGUUGAAACAAAAUCUGCCAAGGCUUCAUCCAGCUGUACCAAUGGCCUUCUUUGGUUGACAAGAGCCAUGGAUUUCUUAGUGGAGCUCUUUCAAAAUCUAGCACGGAAUCAAGAUUGGUCAACUGCACAAGCUUGCAAUGAUUCCUACAGCAAGACCUUGAAAAAAUGGCAUGGCUGGCUGGCUAGUUCAAGUUUUACGGUAGCUCUGAAGCUUGUUCCAGAUAGGAAAAAGUUCAUGGAGGUGCUAGGAAACUCAGAGAACAUCUACAGUGAUAUGGAAAAAUUUUGCACAACUUUUUCACCAAUUCUUAGAGAGAUCCACAAGUUUUUGGCAAGUGUUGGAUUGGACAGUAUGAAAUCUUUGUAA